AUGUUGAGACAAUCCAAUCCCGGUUCGUUGGUGGAGUGGAAAGUUGACCCUGAUGGCCGAUUCAAACACUUAUUUGUUGCUCUUGCAGCUUCGGUUAGUUGUUUCAUGUUCAACUUACGGCCAGUGAUUGUAGUCGACGGCACACACUUGAAGGGCAAGAAUAGGGGUAUUCUGUUUGUUGCAGUGACCAAGGACGACAACGAGAGUUUAUUCUCACUUGCAUAUGGUGUUGGCCCGAAAGAGAACGAUGAAUUGUGGAUGUAUUUCAUGUCGUUCAUUCGACGUGUUUAUGGGCAAGCCAAUCCACUUUUGAUUGUCUCUGAUCAACAUAUCUCCAUUGCCAAUGCUAUCAGGAAUGAGUUACCAAAUGCCACCCACGGCCUAUGGUACUACCAUUUGCAAAAUAACCUGAAGCAUUACGGUAAAACAGUGGUAGAGUUGUAUCGACAAGCUGCAUUUGCGUACGAGAAAUCUGACUUCACUAGGGCUAUGAACGCCCUAAAGGUUAUGAAGAGAGCCGCAUACGAUAAACUAAUGAGGAUUGGGCUGGAAAUAUGGGCUCGUUCGAUGUGUCCUAUACCUGUACGACGGUACAUUUUUAUGACAUCAAAUGCUGCUGAAGCUUUUAAUGCGAGAUUGUUGUGGGCAAGAAGACUUUCUAUCUGCUCAAUGUUAGAGACAAUCAGACUUGUUAUUAAGAAAUGGUUCAGCGAGCGACUAAGAGCUGCACAACAAAGCGAGGAAUCCUUAUCUGCUGAGGCCGGUAAAAUGGUAGCUAUUGAAGUCCAAAAAAGUCAUCGAUACACUGCACAAAGGUUGAGUGGCCGGAACUAUAAGGUGUAA